UAGGGGCGCGGCCUGGGUGCUUGUCCUCCACGAGGACAAAAUGGUCUUCGGAUGCUCCAGAGUUUUGUGCUCCAGCUCAUUGUUGAAAAUCAUGAUGUCCAUAAGGAGCUGGAGGUGUGAAGUUCCAUAUUCUACAGUUGAUGUGUCACCAGGCCUUGGUCACACUCCUGUCAUGCUCAAAGAGGUGCUGCAUUAUUUAGACCUCCAGCCAGGGCAGGUGGUCCUAGACAUGACGUUUGGAGGCGGUGGUCAUUCAAAGGCCAUACUAAACACUGUCCCUGAAGUCACGCUCCUGGCAUUAGACAGAGAUCCCACAGCUAUUUGUUUGGCCGAGGACUUAGCCAAGGAAUACCCUGAGCGAGUUAAGCCGAUCCUGGGUCGGUUCAGUGAAAUCCUGUCCCUGCUGUCCCACAUGAGGAUACCGGAGAGAAGUGUGGACGCGGUGCUGUUGGACGCAGGCUGUUCCUCCAUGCAGAUGGACCAGGCCCAAAGAGGGUUCUCUCUGAGCAAAGACGGCCCACUGGACAUGAGGAUGGAUGGAGACAGGUACCCUGACAUGCCCCACGCGGCUGACGUUGUGAAUACCUUAGAUCAACAGGCUCUCGCAUCCAUCCUCAGCGCAUACGGCGAAGAAAGACGAGCUUGGAAAAUCGCUUCAGCCAUAGUGGAGGCUCGCCGGUCCAGCCCUCUCACCACCACUCAUCAGCUUGCCACAGUGGUCGCAGGAGCCUUCCCGGCUGCGGCGAUGUACGCCCGUAAAGACAGACUGAACCGGCCCUCACAUGUGGCAACCAAGACUUUCCAGGCUCUACGCAUCUUUGUGAAUGAUGAGCUAAACGAGCUGCACGCUGGUCUGCUGGCAGCGCAGAGUGCUCUGAGGCCCGGGGGACGCCUGGUCGUGAUCACCUUCCACUCUCUGGAGGACAGAUUGGUCAAAAGGUUUUUACAAGGGGAAGACAUGUCCAACCUGGAUGAGUUUCACUUUGAACAGAAACAGAAAAAAGCAAAGUAUGCAGAGAGACCAAGAGAGAGAAGUGAACACUGGGCUCCGAUCAAAAGGAAAGUGGUGACUCCCGAGAAACAGGAAAUGUUAGAAAAUCCAAGAGGACGUUCAGCUAAACUCAGAGCUGUGUCAAGACUCUGAGAAAUGCUCUAUUCAGGGUUAAUUUUGUUCAAAAGUGUCCUUUGAACAUGUAACUUGGUAAAAUCAAGUUUAAAGUAACUAUAUGUAUAUUAUGUUUGGAAGCUAAGGAUGGAAACAAAAGACUCCUCACAGUUGGAUUUAUACUUUAUGUAAAAAUGAACCCAAAAGUGUGUCAGCAGGGUAAUUGUGCACAACCAUGACUAAAUGUCUUGAGUAGUUUUGGUUAGUCAUUUGACUGGCUUCAAUGGUUGGAAAGGAUGUUUGACUGAACUCAGAGCAGUGAUUGUAAGAAAUUAAUUAUACUAUUUCCUCUCCAGGGCAUAGCCAUUCUUGACAAUUGCCUUGUGAGUCAUUUAAGAUUUAGAUGACUUUAACUCAUCAUAUGACCACAGAACUGGUAAAAGCACUCAGUACUUAAGCAUUGUCAUUGACCUACACAGCAUAUGCUACAAAAUAUUAUAUUUAACAUUUAAAAGGGAUUUAUUUCACAUCACAACAUUUUUUCACAUUGUGUUGCAAUUGAUGGAAAAAAAAUCAUUACAAUAAUUAAAAAGCCCUGCUGAAGAACUAAUGAGAAAUCACUGUUUUAUUUAGCCAGUUUUAUUUAGUUUUAUUUUUUGUGAUAAUUUUUAUUUAAAAAUGAUCAAAAAAUAAAAACGUGUGAAAAUAUUAAUUGGUGCACAAUUAUUAUUUAAUGUCUUGUGUAAUUUUUGUUAAUCGUUUGGCUCUCAAAAUCAGUGGGUUUAUAGCGUUCGGCUCCAGUCAAAUGAAGCUGAUUGAGGUUGCACUAAUUGAGGCAAAUUUGUAGCAGAGCUACAUAUUUGGAAAGUCUGCAAUUAUCAUAGACAAUCCGGAGUGAAGCUGUUGAAGGUAACACAACUUCCCACCCACACCGCUGGUUUAGCAGGAAUUGGGCACUUAGCAACACUGUCAAUCAAACCUGUUGCUAACACUAGCGGGAAAGAGUUAGAAAGCACUUAAAGUAAGUAAUUGGGAAGACAAAACAAUGUCACUGUCACCUGAAAUACAGCAAACACUAAAGUGGCAUGUAGACUGACCCAAAGACUGACCCAAGACUUUCCCAAAUGACUCAAUGAAUGAAUGACUAACCCAAGACUGACCGAAAUGAAACCAACAAAUAACCAUAACCCACAACCCAACAACCAUAGAUCGCAUAGUGUUGACCCCACCAUAAUGCUGCUAACUAGUAAAGAAUGUGCCACUAUGUUGAUAAAUAUAAAGCCCUACUUGCACUAAACUGGCAGCACCUUGUUGGAAAAUGGGUUAGACAACCACUCAUGACUCCAUCUAGUGGUACAAAAGAACACUGCAUCUUUUGGUCCCUGUUAAUCAUCACAUCACUCAAAAGAGACCACCUUUUUCUCUUGACUAUGCUCAACACAUAUUUUUGGUAUUGUUAUUUGCUGUGAAACGGUGAGUCAGAACACCACAACUUUUCAAUACAAAAAACUUCACCUGCGUCAGCUCUAGUGAUACAGCUACUUUGUGUCCUUGCUGUCUUGUUCAGCUUUCGAGUUUUGUUAUCAGAAGCGACUUCUGUAUUGACCUAUAAUUUAAUGAAAAAUCAGUAUGUAUGCGUUGCUGAUGUACUUGGUUGAGUAGCCCUACUGUACCAUAUGAAGACCUCUAAAUGAAUGGAUGACGCAAGUGUUAGAAGUGGUGCUGAAUGAGCUGCUUGUUCUUGAGCAUUCUCUCACCUCCGGCUGUAAGCAGUUGAGGUGUUUGGAUCUUUACUAUUUGCUUUCACUAAUUGCGAUUGCUCCGUAAAGAUUAUCAACACUUUUUUUUUCUUCCUCUCUCUCUUGUCUCACUUUGGUGCUCUCUAAAUAUACCUUGUUCUUGUUACCUUGGAAACGAAAUGGCGCAAGUAACAUUUAACAGUGUCUAAAAAUAUGCUGUCUAAUAUGAUGCCAUAACUUGAGUGAGUUGUUUGACAUCAGUGGCCUCUUGUUGACAAAGGACGAGUUAAAAGUAUGGGAUUUGGGGAUUAUUUUCCCGUAUGCUAACUUUGAAUGGCCACUUUCAGAGCAGUACUCAGUAUUAUGAGGUAAACAAUCCUUGAGACAAGACUAAGGUAAUAGAUAAACUACUUAACCAUAGACUCUUUGUAAUUUGACCUCCAAAAUACAGUAGGACAGGUUGUGUGGUGUUGUAGUACAUUCAGGGACAGACUUGAGAAGUGAGUCUAGUGGAUAACAAAUUAUAUAAAGUGUUAUAAUAUAAAAACCCAAUAUUCUUGGGUUUCAGAUGGCCUGACAAUAUUCUUGGCCCUUAUUAAAAGCAAUUAUGCAAUACAAAUCAAAAUAUAUCUUUUGAAUGGGAAAGGUUCUCACAAAAUCCUUGAAGUCAGGAAUAUGCCUACCACCAAAAAAAGUAGCAAAGAAAAAGAAAAAUCCAACCUUCUCCAGUCCUGUAAUAUAGUUUCCUUUAGUCUAACUCAUAAGCAUGUUAAAAUUGACGUUUGACACCACAAAUCGUUCAAAGCAAUAAAACAAAUCAAUGGAGUAAAAGUGAAUCAAUACAGAGGCUUUGGGUGUUAUUUUGCUAACACUUAAAUAUUGACCUGUUUAUGGCAGAUGAGGAGUUCCUAAUGUGCUGUAUAAAAGUGACAUUAAUGUCAGUGUCAACUCUCCUCUUUCUUUGUUAAAUCUGUACUGUACAAGAUUGUAAUGUUUAAUGGUCCUAUAUUGCACAAAGUUGACUAUUGUGAGCUUUGGGCCAUGUUAUACUGUUGUUACCUCAUUAAAAACCUGGAACCUGAAA